AUGUCUUUGUGGGACGAGUGGGGCGUGAAGCAUAUGGUGACCGUCUGCCAGUUGGACCGGCUACAUGUUGUGCAAAGCAUGACUUUGCAGAAGAAUGGCUAUGAGGCCUUGCAGCUUGGGCUCGGCUACCGAUCGAUCCACCGCCUUAGCCGGCCGGAAAUCGGCACGUACAUGAAGGCAGGUGUUGGGCCGAAGCACCACAAAUGUGAGUUUCGCGUUUCGUCAGACUGUCUUCUACCACCAGGACUUGAGUUGAGUGUGAGACACUUUGUCCCCGGACAGUGGGUUUUUGUAUCUGGCUGGAGCAAGGGUCGAGGCUAUCACGGAGUGAUGAAGCGUUGGGGAUUUUCAGGUGGCGGUUCAGACAAGCACGGACACAAAAAGUCCCACCGCUCUGCCGGCUCUCUUGGCCAACGCGGUAUUGGAAAAGUUUGGGUUGGCAAGAAAAUGGCAGGACACAAAGGUCCGGAUCCUCGCUGCGUCAAUGCUAAAGUAUUUCGAAUAGAGAGCACUCGCAACCUGAUUUUCCUGAAGGGGGCUUUGCCUGGCUACAAGGGCAGUGUGGUCAAGAUCAGUGAUGCUCGUGGCAAGACGGCGAUGAAAAACAAUCACAUCAGAUUGCCAUACCCCACGUUUGUCCCCGUGCCUGGUGUCGAGUACCCUGUCACGAUACAGGAGCCGCCCCCUCAACGGGAUCCCUUCCUCUAUCCCGAACAGCCUCUCUAUCAGCCGAAUGAUUAG